ACAUGAAGCCUUGGGGGGCCUCAGUACCAGGUUACUAAAAACCCCCAAAUUCUCUGAAAAAACACAGAGGAUAUGACCCCCACAGGUUCUGCACUCGGACACAAGUAGCCAUCCACAGCGGACCUCCUCAUCCACUGGAAGUAGGAACACCAGCAAAGAAACAGCCAAGAUGCCCGUUGAUCUGAAUGGAUAUUGGAAAAUGAUUUCCAAUGAUAACUUCGAGGAGUACCUGAAGGCUCUCGAUGUGAACGUUGCCAUCAGGAAAAUCGCCACCUUGUUGAAGCCCGACAAGGACAUCGUCCACGAUGGGGACCACAUAAUCAUCAAGACCCUCAGCACUUUCAAAAACUACAACAUGGACUUCUAUGUGGGCAAAGAGUUUGAGGAGGAUCUGUCUGGGGUGGAUGACAGGAAAUGCAUGACCACCAUCACCUGGGAGGGAGACAAGCUGGUGUGUGUGCAGAAGGGAGAGAUUGAAGGAAGAGGCUGGACCCACUGGGUGGACGGAGAUGAGCUUCAUCUGGAGCUGAGAGCUGCAGGAGCUGUUUCCAAGCAGGUCUUCAAGAAGUCCUAAGCUGCCUCUUGUUGAACGAGACGGUUACCCCAGCUGACACUGGCUCACAGAGAGACACCAGACAAAUCCCUACAUCUGUGCAUCUACCCACAUGCUUUUCUACUAUAAAUGUUAUUUUCACCAAACACAGAUUUACUGUACAUCCAUCAGGACGGUUGCCUUCUCUGCCAAAGCCAAUUCAAAGGGGCGUGGCAGCGUUUCUAUUACGUUAUAUCCCAAAAUGUAACACUGUGUAUCUGUCUCAGGGUGGGUGCUCCUUUGAUUAACAUGUUUAGAUGUGUUGGAGGCAUUGCAUACUGCUAGGUGUAGCUGAUCUAAUGAUGGUGAGCCACACUGAGAGUCCGGGUGGGAGGAAGGUUAUGGAUGCAGUGAAGAGAACAGAAAGUUAAACAGUUCAUCUCUUCUAAGUUCUCUAAAUGUGGAUUGAUAUACAGAAAGGAAAAGGAUGAAGAGUGUGGUUGAGGGCUGUAAACAUCUUUGCUACUGAUGCUUAGAUAUCAGAUACAAUGUGUGUGUGUGUAUAUAUAUCCCUCCCACU